UGAGGAAGAUGUCUGUCGAUAUAACUCAAAGCUCCAAGUGUUUUCUGAAUAUGUCACCCACGGCCAUGGCCAUGGCUCGGCUGAAUCUCAAUUGAAGGGGCGCGGCGCGGCGCACUCCAGUCAGCUGUCAACGCUUGCAACGUGCACUCCGUGCGUCCGAAGUAGAACCAAAUAUAUAGGGUUCAAUACUCGAUUCUACGAAGUAUCAGAAAUACUGAUGUGCGGACAAUAUAUGCUGAACCCCUUUCCGAAAACGAAUGUAUUUCCUAGAAUACUGCCAGCACCCGAGUAGCACUGAAAGAGGGAGACUUUAAAGGAGACAGCAAGAAUCGACAUUAACUGAAGAGUUAACCACCAGGUUACAACUUUUCACGGACGGGAUGGAAAUGGAGCCCCCUAACAGAUUGGUGCUGAGUCCUGAACCCGGGGCUUUAGAAUUAACCGAGGGGAACGUGGAGUCGGCCCUCCACCAGCUGUACUAUGACCCAGACAUGGACCAUAAGAAUGUAGCCCAGAAGUGGCUGACUCAGGCCCAAACCUCCACUCAGGCCUGGCAGUUCUGCUGGCCUCUGCUUGGCCCAGACAAGCUUCCUGAGAUCCAAUUCUUUGGUGCCAGCACCCUCCACACCAAGAUCUCCCGCCACUGGGCUGACCUCCCUAUAGACCAGCACCAGACCCUGAGGAUGCAGCUUCUUUCCCACAUCUCCCAUUUCUCAAAAGGCCCCAAAAUGGUGCUGACCAGGCUGUGUGUGGCCCUGGCUUCCCUGGCCCUCCACACCAUUCCUCAGGCCUGGCCUCGGGCAGUCUCUGACAUGGUCCUGGUCUUCCAGCCAGAGAAGACUGGGUCUGGGAAUCAAAGUGGAGCCGGAGAUGUAGGUGGAGCUGGUGAGAUGGAAUUGAACAACCACUCCCACUGCCUGGCCCUGCUGGAGCUCCUCACCGUGCUGCCAGAGGAGUUACAGAGCUGCCGGCUGCCGCAGGGGCGUCGUGCCCAGCUGAGAGAGGCCCUGGCUGGGGAGUGGACGGUGGUGUGUCCCCUUCUGCGUCAGCUGCUCCAGAAGCAGGAGGCCCCCAGCCAGGUGAAGGAGCGGUGCCUGCGCUGCCUGUCCAGCUGGGUGGGACUGGAUAUCCCCCUGCACGGGGAGAGUGAGGGACUGCUACAGGACUGUUUCGCAGCUCUGUCUGACCCUGAGCUCUUCAACACGGCCGUGGAGACCAUCGUCUGUGCUAUAUCUCAACCUGACUGCCAGAGAUACACAGAUGCUCUGGUGAACCUGAUGCCUCUGGUGUUGGGUCUCCAUGACCAGCUGAAGGCUGCGGCAAGGGACGGAGACAUGGAGACCUCCCACGGUAUAUGUCGCAUCGCUGUUGCUCUGGGGGAGACCCACUCCAGGACUCUUCUGGAACAGGUCCAACACUGGCAGGGCUACCUGUCGCUGGUCAACAUGAUCCUGUUCUGUACCAGCAUCCCUGGGCACUACCCGGUCAGCGAGACCACCAGCUCCCUCACGCUAACAUUCUGGUACACUUUGCAGGAUGACAUCUUGUCAUUUGAGGAGGACAGGCGGACGGUCUACCUGCAGGUUUACAGACCAGUCUACCUCCAGCUGGUGGACAUCCUGCUCGAGAAGUCCCAUUUCCCCUCAGAGCAGGACUAUAUUUCCUGGUCCUCAGAUGACAAAGAGCUAUUCAGGAUCUACAGAGUGGACAUAUCUGACACUCUGAUGUAUGUGUACGAGAUACUUGGGGCGGAGCUUCUCAGUAACCUCUAUGAUAGACUCGGACAAUUGCUGAUGGCCACCGAGGGACCAGCAGCAUGGCAGGACAUUGAGGCUCUCCUAUUUGGCUUCCAGUCCAUAGCGGAGACCAUAGACGUGAACUACUCCGAUGUUAUCCCAGGCCUCAUCGGACUCAUCCCAAGAAUCAGCAUCAGUAACAUCCAGCUGGCCGACACGGUCAUGUACACCAUAGGUUCUCUGGCGGAGUGGCUGGCGGACCACCCGCUGAUGCUGGGCUGUGUAGUACCCAUGGUGCUCCAGGGCCUGGUUAAGGCGGAGCUGUCUGUGUCCAGCGUGUCCACUCUGAAGAGGAUAUGUAGAGAGUGUCGUCAUGACCUUGCACCCUACGCUCCUGACAUCAUGACCGUGUCACAGGAUGUACUGGCAAAAGAAAUUCACAAGAGCAGCCAGUGCAUGUGGCUGAUGCAGGGUCUGGGCUUCCUCCUAUCUGCCCUGCCAGUGGAGGAGAUCCUGGGCCGCCUGACCUUGCUGAUCACCCCCCACAUCCAGACGCUGGACACACUGGCACACCAGGAGCCCAGCCCCACUACUAAGCUGUCCAUCAUCCACAUCCUGGGUAUGCUGUCCAGUCUCUUCACAACACUGGACAUAAGAGGGCAGGAUCAGGGGUCAGAGGGCACCAUCCCAGCCCAAACCAGAACCAACCCUAUUGUGGUGAUCUUACAGCAGGUCUUCACAUUGAUACAGAACGUCCUCAGCAAAUGGCUCAGUGACCCAGAGGUGGUUAAGGCAGUGUGUGGAGUGUUUGAUAGGUCUGUGAAGACACUCCUCCGUGACUUUGCGCCCAUGGUGCCCCAGCUCAGUGAGAUGCUGGGACAGAUCUACACUACAUGCCCACAAGCCUCUGCUCUUGACCUUACAUGUCAGAUGGUCCGAAUAUUUACUGGAGAGAAAGAUCAUUUAGGUCCAAUCAAGCACCUUAUUGAGCUAGUCACCUCCACCACACAGUCCAUCUUUCAACAAGGCCCAAGCGAACAUCCAGAUAUAGUUGAGUCAUUCAUGCAGCUUCAUGCCGAGGCCCUGAAAAGGGAGCCUGGCCUCUAUCGGUCCGAACAUCUUGAUGUCAAGUCUCUGUUCUACUGUGGAAUCCUGGCACUCAAGUUUCCAGAGACGCCUACAGCGAAGUCAGCCUGUUUGUUUUUUGCGGAGUUAGUCUGUCAUUGUGUGGACAUCCCUCCUAUUGGUCAGGUUCUACAUAGAGACGGGAAGCUUCUCAUUCAAACCAUCCUGGAGGCGGUUGGAGGGCAGUCUCCCCACUGUCUGACAGAGCACUUCUCUCAGGUGCUGUUCUGUCUGAAUCGACAUUGCCACACACUGCUGUCACAAUGGCUAAAGGAAGGACUACAUGUCCCAGGAUUCCCCACUGCUCAGAUCUCGAUGGAACAGAAAGACACAUUCAACCAGCAGCUCCUCAGGGAACAGAGCAACAAGCGGCAUGUUGUGGAGAUAGUGAACGAGUUCUCGCUGUUGUGUCGAGGUCUGCAGGGGCCUACCGGACACUCUGCAGAUUACUAAUGUGGCUACAGUACUCGCUUUGUCUGAACCAAGACUAGACCUCCAGACAACCAGGACCUGUGCAGGGGAACCUAGCGUUGGAGACCACACAUGACUGUAGUCUGUACUCGGUAAUGACAUUUCGCGUUUCAAACUGUCUGUGGGUUAGUGUGAGUGGAUGCUGCUUGUGGCCUUGUGAAGAAUACUGUGAUGGGCUUUUUCAGAGUAAGUGAUUAACAUUUGUGCGACUGCAGUCUAAGCCACUAUGGCUCACUGACCUGGGUUUAUAUCAUCCCUACACUUCACUGUCCGUGGCAGCAAGUCCAAUAAAAGGAGCAUGUUGGUAGUGAUGGGGAAAACAUUGACCGUCACCGAUUAUAUUUUCUCGAACAAAAACAAAGUGUUUCUGCUUCCGACCUUUUUCUCCUCCAUCUUCUUUUAAAUUUUGAACCAAUUUGUAUACAGCAAUAUUCCUUCCAUGUCUAAUAAAAUCAAUUUUCUCA